CGAAAUGCAACCGAUCGCGAUAACAAACAUAUAUAUGAAAGUUGAAGUUGCGCGAGGUUAUAGAGUCAGCGUUUGACAGGUGCGAACAGGUGUACUGACUGUCAUAGAUUCAAUAUGGCCGUCCGCAAGAUGCAAUCACUGCUGGAGAGCACCGGAGAAACGCCUACAAUAGAGCGAGUGCAAAAUUGGUAAAUGUGACCGACGGACUCUGAACUGUAAAUCACGAGAUUAUCUCCGCCUCGAAAUGGCCGGCAACGGUGAAGUUCUGGAGGGAUUUAUAUGUCCCAUAUGUAUGACUGACUUUAAGACGCCCAACCACUUAACGAAACAUUUCGAAGAAGUCCACAACGAUGACCCGGAGAUUUUAAAAUCGCUAAAAGAUCUGUUUGGCAAAGCCAAGAAGAAGAUCUUGAAGCAGGAUGAUAUGCCAGAAGCUUUUUCAGGUGCAAUGGUACAGGAUAAGAGGCAGAGUCCUGAAAUUAAUUGGGGACCACAAGAAAUCGGUGCAUUUGUAUCCCAUACAAGGUAUUUUAAAGAUAUAAGAAAUGCCCGACUAGAAAGAUAUGCAUAUGAAACAAAUAAACUUCUUAUAAGACUAGAUAAAUUAUUAAAUAAUUUACCAUCUGAUCCUGUCGAUAGGAAAGCUCACGAACGUACUAUUGUGCCAUGGAUCGACGAAAAAGAUGUGAAACUAUGCCCCAAUUGUGCGAAGAGCUUUCACUUGGCAAGGAGAAAACAUCACUGCAGGCUGUGCGGGGCAGUCAUGUGCCAUAAUUGUACAUUAUUCUUAUCUCUAGUUAACGCACGAAAAAUGACCAGUCCCGUGUCUGUGCAGGAUGAUUCCGCUUUGCCACUCACGUCGGAACGAGCCCUUUCAGAGAGGAUAGUACGCGCGGGCGUUGGCCUCACGAAACUGGCACGUUCGCCUUCCAGCGGUAGCUUAAAUAGUGUUCUAUCGUUGGUCAACGAUUCAGCCAGCAGUGAGCAGCACUUUCGAGUUUGCAUGCACUGCAUGAAUCUGCUGGAUGCGCGGGAGAUGCAGAAAGCGAAGCAGUUCGACAAACCGAUCGUUUGUCAGUUCUAUGAGAAGAUGCGGGCAUACAUGGAGGAGGCCACGAAACACUUAGCGAUGUACAAUAAAAUGUGGGAGUCGUUGAAAGAGGGGGAGACCAUGUAUGAUCUGGAGGACGCUCAAACAUUGCGACUGAAAUUGGCGAAGCUGGGCGAGAACAUAGACGCGACAAGUAAGAGGAUUCUGAUGCUUGGCGCGCCAAAAGACACAGAAGAGGCUGCUCCGCAGGGGCAAGAACAGAGGCUGUAUCAGAUGGUCAGAACGUCAGCGGUGAUAUUUUUGAAAGAAGAGUUGUUGACUCUGCAACCUUUACCCACCCCGGAGGAAUAUGCAGCUCUACAAGAGGAACGUCAGAAGAGGAUAGAAGCUCGAAUAGCGUACGAGCGACAGUUGGAAGAAGAACAGCGAGAGAAAUCAAAGGAGCAACGCAAAAGAGAGACGUGGAACUUGGACAGCGGACCUUCUAUGAAAAUUACUCAGGCACAGCCAGUGGUAACACAGUCUGAAGGCUGGGGCCCGUCCAGUGUUGCACCCAUCAUGUCUUCUUCUAUGGAUCCAUUGAUUGAACAAAUGAGCAAUCUUCAUGCGUACAUCAAGCAAGCCCGGGCAGAUUGCAAGUACGACGAAGUCGCAACUUUAGAAAACAAUCUACGAGAGCUUCAAAGUGCCUACUUUGCUAUGAAACAGAGCACCAGUAGCGACAGCUAAGCACAUACAGGCAGCACGCUUCUUACAUAUCACCUUAUUGAGUGACAUGUUCUUUAGCAUAAUAAAAUAUAUUUCCUAUUAAUUUGCAAAGUAAUACAUCUUGUAUGAGAAUUUCAAUGGAUUACAUAAUACAUAAUACAUGAAUACAGAUGAGCAGAUAGCGAAAAUCUAUGUAUAUAGGUGAAAUUAUAAUGUAUGCAUAAAGUCACGUGCCACUUAUCUCGUGUACUUUGUACAGUAAAUUUUUGUAUUGCUCCGUUAUUUGCGAUAAUAAAAUAUUUUACGUUUUAA